ACCUAACUCCUAACCCUGACCUUAACUCCUAACCGUAUCCUAACCGAAGCCAUAACCCUUACCUAACCUUAACCCUUACCGUAACCGUUUAAAAUGUCUACUUCAACGGGUGACGUCAGUGUCGGGACGUCCCAUGGAUCCCAGAUAGCUUCGACCAUAUUUCAACCUGCUUUUAACCCAUUUUCGGAAGCAGCAGAAGUCUGGUUGAGGUGAAAAUUUGACAGGACAAUGAAUAUCAACAGACUUAUAGCUUUAUCCAAAUCUGUUCAAUUUGGAAAGAUUUUAACAUCUAACGCAAGACAUGCGGCGAAAGAAGUCACCUUACCUCACCGAACCAUCAGAACUCAUGCUAGGAAUCUGGCCUACGCCAAGGACCUGUUCCUUGGCAAAGUAAACAAAGCAGAGUGCUUCCCCUAUCCAGAGAUUGGAAAUGAAGAGCUGGAGGAGAUCAACUCGUUUGUUGCUCCGGUAGAGAAAUUCUUCACUGAAGAGGUGGACUCCAAGCGUAUCGACCAUGAAGCUAAGAUUCCUCCAGAGACUCUGAACGGACUGAAGGAGCUGGGACUGUUCGGUAUCCAGGUGCCUGAGGAGUAUGGUGGCCUGGGUCUGUCCAACACCAUGUAUGCCCGACUAGGAGAGAUCAUCUCUCUCGAUGGAUCCAUAGCAGUUACACUGGCUGCCCACCAAGCCAUCGGACUCAAGGGGAUCCUGAUAGCCGGUAGUGAGGAGCAGAAGGCUAAAUAUCUCCCCAAGCUGGCUUCAGGAGAACAUGUAGCAGCCUUCUGUCUCACUGAGCCUGGCAGUGGGAGUGAUGCUGCAUCCAUUCAGACCAAAGCCACCCUAUCAGAAGACAGGAAAACAUUCCUGCUCAAUGGGUCAAAGAUCUGGAUCUCAAACGGGGGGUUUGCAGACCUGAUGACGGUGUUUGCUCGUACGGAGGUGGUAGGAGAGGAUGGAGUGAAGAAAGAUAAGAUCACUGCCUUCAUCGUAGAGCGAGCCUUCGGAGGGAUCACCAGCGGAAAACCAGAAGACAAACUAGGCAUUAGGGGGUCUAACAGUAAGAUCACAUCUAGGCAUUAG